UAUUUUGACAAGAAAGAAGAAAUGAUGAGAUUUUGCAGCUACUAUGGAUGUGUAUUUAAAAAAACAACAACAGGGGAAAGAUGGCGGCGUCUGCGGCGGUGGCGUUUGUGACCUUCGGCCGCCUUCUGGGCUGCAGUCAGGGCUUCCCUGUGGCCGCCAGAUGUUUUGGUGUGCAGGUGUCGCCCACGGGGGAGAAAAUUACCCACACAGGCCAGGUUUAUGAUGAAGAUGAUUACAGGAGGAUUCGCUUUGUUGGUCGCCAGAAAGAGGUAAAUAAAAACUUUGCAAUUGAUUUGAUAGCAGAGCAACCAGUAAGCAAAGUGGAAAGUCGAGUGAUAUCAUGUGAUGGUGGAGGAGGAGCUCUGGGUCAUCCAAAAGUAUAUAUAAACUUGGACAAAGAGACUAAAACUGGGACUUGCGGGUAUUGUGGACUUCAGUUUACACAACAUCACCACCACUGAAACCAGUUAUACACUGAAACCAGUACAAUUUUCUGCAUGUAAGAAUUUUGGUAUUUUAAAAAAACGUAUUUAAGAAUCACAAAAUAUAAGCUUUGUUUAAAAAAUAU